AGCCUAAUUUGGUUGGAAGUCCGUGUGGCUGUGUUUGCGUGUAUUUCUGAACCACUGACGCCUCUUGUUGUCUCUGCAUUCAGGAACCAUGGUCAGCAAGGACUCCGGCAAAUGCAGCCUCACGACCCCCGAGCGCGAAGUGGAGCCAGCCGCCUGCCUGGCCCUGGAGAUGAAAUACGCCCUGGAUCCCAACCGGCAGAUUAAGAAGCGAAACAAAGCCCUGCAGGUGCGCUUUAAGGAUAUCUGUGAGGCCCAGAAUGAGCAGAGGGACACACAGCUGUCCUCAGGACCAGUGGGUGAGAAGCGGGAGGUCAAGCCUGUGUCCUGCAGGGCAGCCUACCGCAAGUACAUGACAGUGCCUGCGCGCCGCUCCAUCCCCAACGUCACCAAGAGCACAGGGGUGCAGACCUCACCGGACCUUCGCAAGUGUUACCAGACAUUCCCGCUGGACCGCAAGAAAGGGAAUCUCAAAAGCAUCCCAGGUGUGGAUCCCUACAAAAGCCAAAACAAUGGGUUUCUAACAGAUAUGAAAGAGAAGGGUGAGGCUGGACCCACGGAAGACCCCCGACCUUGUGGCGCUGGGCGGGUUCACAAGACCACCGCCUUGGUUUUCCAUUCCGAUGAGCAUGUGAAUGCAGUGGAGCAGCCUUCUGGGGUCAACUGUGCAGAACCCUGCAAAACCCCCGACAUGCUCGGCCACUCAGAAGCUCUGCUCCAGAACUCUGGGCCACCCUCCGAAGAGCCUGCUCACCAGCUACAGGGGAGAGUGAAGCCCGACAGGGGGACUCUGGACUCCGAGGAGCCCACUCCACCUGCCCAUGGGAGGGUGUUUAAAACAGAGGUUGCCACUGUAUACCUGCCUGCCAUCAGGGACAGCGCCCCUGAGCCUGGCUUGUCAAACUCUGCCGCAGCCAGCCAGUGGUCCCUCUGCCCUGCGGAGGAAGAGCAGAGGAGAGCUGCCCAUCUCAACGGGCUGCAGAGGCCCCCGGGCUCUGCUGUGGCCUGUUCGCCCCCAGUGCCGUGCCUGUCCCCUGAAUGUAGCGAACAGCCCCUGGAGACCCAGCCCAGUCCCUCAGCCAUGGCAGCAAGCAAAGAUUGCCAACAAAUUGUGCCUCACACGGAAGUGGUGGACCUCAAGGCCCAGCUUCAGGUGAUGGAGAACUUGAUCAGUUCAAGUCAGGAGACCAUCAAAGUGCUCUUGGGGGUCAUUCAGGAGCUGGAGAAAGGAGAGGCUCACCGGGAAGGGCUUUCAUAUCGGACGGGGCAAGACACAGCUAAUUGUGACACAUGCAGGAACAGUGCAUGUAUUAUCUAUAGUGUGGAGCUGGAUUUUAAGCAGCAGGAAGACAAACUCCAGCCUGUGCUGAAGAAACUGCAUCCUAUCGAGGAAACUCAGGUCGUACCUUCGCCUUACACUCAGGAGACUUACUCCUCAACGCCCAAGCAAAAAUCCAAAACUGAGUCCAAAAAGCACGGAAGAUGGAAACUCUGGUUCCUUUAAGACUCAUGGUGAUUGGAGUCUCAAGGCAGUCUUUAAAACCCACUGGAGUUAAGAGAAUCCCAAAACGAAUAGGAUCAAGGGAACCGUGGUGCCGACUCACACGCUCCCAGCUUCUCGCCCUGCGUACCAAAAAGGCCUUUGUACCAACAGAUAAUUAACAGAGCAAGGGAGUGAAUGUCACACCUUGCCAGCUGUUCUUUGCAGUCCACUGC